CUUCUUCUUCUUCUUCUUCUUCUCACGGGGCUGUGCAGCCCCGCCCGGCCCGGCCCUCUUUCCGCGCGGCACCCUUUUGCCCGGCGGCCGCACACUCAAGGGCACAGGCGCGGCUGGGUGGCCAGGAGGCGCAGGUCGAACCCGCGGGCGAGGGCGCCGCACAGGCGAGCGGGAGGGGAGGGGGUGGAGGAAGACGGGUGAAGGGAAGCAGGCAGGAGAUGGUCGGGGACGGGGCGGUCGCAGCCUCUGAACGUGGCCAGAGACCGACGACAGCUCCCGAAGCGGCACACUGCUUCGAGCCCCCUAGGGCGGGCGAAGGAAAAGACGGGCAAGGAUGGGGGCGCCGUGGUGGAUGCAUGCGCGGCAACGCGAUCUGCCGAGUCGAUCAAGCCAUCCGAGGGGCCACUGGAAAUGCUCCAGGCCCGAACGCGCUUGCUGACGCUGCGUGCGGGUCGCAUUGGCCUGCCGAAGAAGGUACCUGCUGAUCAAGAAGGGCGCCAGCACGAGCAACAGGCGGCACAGAAACGCAUACAGAGGCGGCACACGGCAGACGUAUGGGAUGGGAUGGACAGAAAGAGAGAAAAAGCAUAACAAAAUAAGGAGAGAGAGGAGACAAAGGUGCGCGGCGGUACCAUGCAGACAUCAGGCCAUAGCCUUGCACACUUAUAGUGAGAGGCCCCACGGUUCACAUCUGAAGCAGCUGCUGCGUGCCUCAGCUCUCGAGCGAGGUGAUGUUACACUUGCUCUUCCUCACCCUUUCUCGCCUUCGACGAUUCAUUGUGUCUGUGGGUGUUCCUUUCCCCUCCUGACCGACGAGCUCCCUCUCGGGCCCGCCCUUCGCCGCGGCCCCCGCCCUCAGACGACCGGCCGCGGCGCGUCCCUCAGCAUCAGCAGGUCCGGCCGGGGGCUCGGGCUGCCGCUCCGCGGGCUCGGGCCGGAGUACCUCCUCGGGGGGGGGGGUCGAGCCGGGGCGUCCCGUACCGUUCGAGCCGGGGCGUCCCGUAGAGGUCGGAGCGCGGCGUGUGCAGGCUGUACGGCUGGGGCUCUCGGGCC